GAUGGCGAAGGGCACCUCGCGUGGUAGGGAUAAACUUUAGAGGUGGGAACAGCUCGCAAAGUAAACACGUCGUGACGGUUGACAAUCGAAACGUUAAUCACCGUGGCUCUGCUCCGACGCUUACAAUUCCUUUUGCCGAGAGACCCAUUGCCAGUCUACGAUCGGCGAUCGAGGGAGUUACGUCGUCUUUCCAUCGGAUCGAUCGAUCGACGAUCGUCACGCGUUUUACCUUUUAUAUAUAAUAAUUAUUAUUAUCUAAUAUCGUGAUAGAUAAUAGAUAAUAGAAGAAAAAAAUCGAACGUUUUAUAAGUCGGAUUUUUUUUAUCAGUGUAUUAUCUAUUCUUCUUUAUUUGCUCUUCUUUUUUCUUGUCUCUUUUUUUUCUUUCUUUCUUUUUUAACUCGCGUGAAGUUACGUAACCAAGAGGAGAGGUACAAUGAAGUCGAAAACGAGCGAGAGUUUUAUAGCGAGUGAAAGCAACGGGGUCAAGAAGGACCAAGCUGUCGAGGAGACCAAGCAGAAACAAUACAAAAAGGGGAAAACAUUUUGCCAGUCUUGCAAGAAGAAGUGCAGCGGGGAGGUAUUGAGGGUUCAGGAUAAAUAUUUCCAUAUAGGUUGUUUCAAGUGCGCUCAGUGCAAUGCUAGUUUAGCGCAAGGUGGUUUCUUUGCUCGAGAGGGUUCCUACUAUUGUACGAAGGAUUACCGAGAACGUUGGGGUACGAAAUGCGCUGGGUGCGGAGAAUACGUCGAAGGUGACGUUGUUACAGCUGGAGAGAAGCAUGCCUUUCAUCCGAAUUGUUUUCACUGUCAAAGAUGCAGACAGCCGUUGCUUGGACAAGGAACGAAAGUGUCUCUGGUACAAGGUCAAGCUCUAUGUCAUCGAUGCGUUGGUAUCCCCGUUCGAGAAGCAUCGACGCCAGUGGGUAAUAGCGGUGGUACUCGAGGAUCCGGCGAUGCCACGACCGACCCUGGUGCCUGUGCCGGCUGCGGAAACCAAUUGCGAGAAGGUCAAGCUUUGGUCGCUCUCGAUCGUCAAUGGCACGUUUGGUGCUUCAAAUGUCAUAGCUGUGACACCGUUCUACACGGCGAAUAUAUGGGAAAAGACGGCGUGCCUUAUUGCGAGAAGGAUUAUCAGAAACAAUUUGGCGUGAAGUGUGCGUAUUGUAAUCGUUACAUAAGCGGCAAGGUUCUACAAGCCGGUGAUAAUCAUCACUUUCAUCCGACCUGCGCUCGUUGCACGAAAUGCGGUGAUCCAUUUGGUGACGGAGAAGAGAUGUAUCUGCAAGGUGCGGCCAUCUGGCAUCCUCGUUGCGGUCCAGGACCAACCGGACCGAACGGUAUAGUCAACGGACACGGAGAAGGUGCACACACUCCGCAACACAGAGAAUCCGAACGAAUUUCCAGUAGCGCCUCGGAAAUGCAGUUUUCAUUGCGGUCACGCACGCCAAGCCUGAACGGAUCACUCUGCAGCCCUUACAGCAGCCUCAGUCGCAAGUAUUAUCCUGCACGAACCGGUAGUCCUGGAUUGAUCCUGAGAGAAUACGGUCGAGGAGGACACGAAGACGUAUCUAGGAUUUAUACUUAUUCUUACUUGACUGAAACGCCCAGUCAAGGAUAUCUGAGACGUCCGAUACAGCCCUACGACAAACCUCCGACAAGUCCGCACUUUCAUAGACCCAGUUCAUCUCGUUCGAUAAGAAGUAGCGGUGGACGUAGUAGCAGAUCGGGGAUGAGAGCAUUGGUCGACGCUUUGAGCGAAACUCGACCAAAGUCACCUGCUGCUGGAAGUCAGGUCGACAACGACGAGCCGAUAGAAUUGGCGCAUUAUCCGGAUGCUAUGAAACCUCCACCGGGUGCUCAGCCACCGAUAGAGAGAGACGAUUUUCCAGCUCCACCUUAUCCUUAUACCGAUCCCGAAAGACGUAGACGAUGGUCCGAUACUUACAAGGGGGUACCCGCAUCAGACGACGAGGACGAGGUAGACAACAAGACGUAUAUCAAAGAGGUGGAGCAAAAGUUGAAGAAAGAACAGGACGAGUUGAGUAAGAUCGACACGGGUAUCGCAAAGGUGUUUCUGCAGGAUCGCGAAAAGGAUCGAGAGAAUUUGAGACACAAAGCUGCCAACGUCGAUCCGAGAAACGCUUCGAGGACGCCGUCAGCUGCGAGAGAACCGACUUACAGGCUGCGAUACGAGAGUCCCGUUGGAGCAUCGCCAUCGAGAAACAUAGAUCACGCACGACCAUGGGAAGACGACGAUGGUUUUAGUUACAGAUCGAGCGGGCCUAGUUACAACGUUGGGAGGUCAUCGGCGCGUUCCCCGGCUCCCAGAAACUAUCCACCCCUUGGUACUCAACGCGCCUUCACUCUUCCAAACGCCACUAGGCACUAUCAUUCGGUGAUUGUGAGCUCUCUUCGGCACAUCCCGAAGCCAGGGUACGGUCUGGCACCGCGAAGUCACACCUUCUCCUCGACCGGCGGUUCUGUAUCUGCUCUCCCUGGUGAUUAUUCGUUCAGUGGGAUGGGAGACAAGACGCACAGCACUGAUUUCUCAUCCGGCAAAUCAGAUAUAUCGACAGGCAGCAUCACGGAUGUGGAUCGACGGGCAUUGAAUGAUGGUGGUAUCCUGCCAUCCUCCACCACAUACACGGGUGGCCUAGGUUCAGUGGUGGGAAGUCACGGAGGUCAUCAUGUAAGAAGGUCAUUGCCGGAUAUGGGUGCCGCACCAACCGAACCACCGAAGCUUUAUCCUUAUCAUUUACUCAUUAUCACCAAUUAUAGACUGCCCGCUGACGUUGAUCGUUGCAAUCUCGAACGACAUUUAUCCGACGCCGAAUUCGAGGCAGUUCUACAGUGUACUCGAGCCGAAUUCUACAGAUUACCGCAAUGGCGUCGAAACGAGAUAAAAAGGCGUGCGCGGCUCUUUUAACUAUUACCAUUUCUUCUUCGUCUAUACAUCGCAUACGCGUACACGCAUACACACACAAUCAAUGAUAAUAUUUCUUCUAAUCUUCAUCGUGUCGGGAUCGUCUGAUAAAGAUCGCUAUCGAUGAUAUAAUAUCGGUACAUCUGUGUAUCAUUAAUAGCGAAAGAUGACCGAAGGUCUUUAGAAAAAAAAAUUCAUUACUCGUUAUACGUAUGUAUGAGGACAAAAAAAGAAACAACAAAAAGAAAAAAAGAAAACCAAAAAAAAAAAAAAGGGCACGCUUGGAGGAAAGAAUAAGGAUAGUAUGACACGAAAGCACGCACUGCCACUUCACUCAGUCAAUUUCUUCUCUCAGCAACGAAAUUCUCUCUCGGCAGGCAGCUUUUUCCUCUUCGAUUUAAAUUCAUCCUUCUCUCGUUAAAGACACAUUACGCUUUUCGGGAUUCGACGAAACGAUGCGUGAGAGAAUUUAAUCGUCGUUUUAAAUAGAAAUUAUCUAAUCGCUUCGUGUGACGUGUCGAUCAUUUUGCAUGGAUUUAAUGUGCCCGUAAUAUACGUCCGAUCGAUCCUUGUUCGUUACGUACAUACACGCAUACAUACAUACAUAAAUAUACAUACAUUAUCCUCGUUCGUUUCAUCGUGAUCCUAAAUAUUGAAAACGGUAGAAGGGUAAUUUUACAUAGAGACAAAUUUUACCGUAUAACGAUUCAUUCUAACACCCGUUAUUUCGCCGUAACAGUUGCAGUGACCCAGCGAAUAAGAUGAUAGAGAUGUGCUAAAUUAUUAUAAACGAAUACAAUACGCAUAUUGUAAAUAAUGAAGAAAUGCAAAAAGAAAAUGAAAAAAAAAAAAAUAUUGGCACGAUAAAAGGGUGGAACAGUAGAAGAUACAUCGUAGAAGGACAAAUAAAAAAUACAAUAAUAAGGGAAGAAAUAUGAAUACAUAUACACACGAAAACACGCUCAUAAUAUUUGCGACAUGUUACAAUACAAAUCUGCUAUUAUCUAUAAGUUAUACAUACAUAUAUGUAUAUAUAUAUAUAUGUGUAUAUAUAUACAUAUAUAUAUAUAAGAGCUAUCAUCAUUAUUAUUAAUUUUUAUCUCUUACUAUUACUAUAUUUUAAUAUUAAGCGAAACUUUAAACGUAUAAAGUUAUAAUUAGUUAGGUGGUUCGGCUUGCCGAAAUCGGUGCAAGUGCGUUGAUAUGAGUAAAAUAAAAAAAUAAAAAAAAAGAAAUAGAAAACGCAAAUCGAACAGAGACUAUGACGUACGAGCUAUAUUACAUUUUUAACUCGUCAUUGUUUUACAAGAGAAAAAACACAACAACAAAAAAACAGAUAAAAUAUUGCGCGAUAGCGUAGGCAGUGUUCCUGUCGAGAAUUAUAUAUAUAUAUAUAAUAUAUAUAUAUAUUGCGUUUCUUAACGUAUUCUCUAUUAUAUUUUCUAAACAAGACAUGCUCUAGUAAGGGGACGAAAAGGCACGCGAUCAAUGAGAAUAGACUCGAACUUGAAACCCUUUUGCAUGACUUAGAACGAACGUUCACUCUACAUUAGAGUGAAAAAUCUUUAAGAUAACAAAAUUCAUUCGACAUCACGUAGCAAGAAAAUUUUUUUAUAUGGAACAUGUUCGAACAAUUCGAAGUCAGCAUCGAUUAUAAUUAAAGGAAAAAAAAAAAAAAAAAAAA